CUUACGAUCCAUUGAUCGGUGCUUACUCAAGGAUCAAUGAACUGGUCAAAGGCUUUGAUAAGAAAAUCAUGCAAGCAGCACUCAAGGUGCCGGAAGACUUGGUCGAAGCAAUCACAAACAAGACCAGCACUCCACCAAUAGUGCAUGCUGUUACAGAGAAGCGGAAUACUCUAUGGGAAUUGGAGGCUUCAUUUCUUCAAAACUUUUUAGGCAUUCCGUCCAACUCGAAGAAAGUCAAAACAUAUAACAUCUUUGAUCAUGACCCUGACUUUAAAAAUCGUCAUGGUUUGAGUUUAGCAGUGACUAAAAAGAAACUAAAAUCAUUAAAGGGUAACAACAUUGGAUUUCUGAUGGUGAACUUGACCAGGGGAUCAAUGUUGGGGCCACAUUUGAACCCAAGAGCAACAGAGAUAGCAGUGGUAUUACAGGGGCAAGGCAUGGUGCGAAUAGUGUGUGGAAGUAGCAUUGAUAACAACACAGAAUGCCAAAACAAGAGUUUUAAAGUUAAGGAGGGAGAUGUUUUUGUGGUGCCUAGGUUUCAUCCAAUGGCUCAGAUGUCAUUCAACAAUGAUUCACUUGUUUUUAUGGGCUUCAGCACUGCAGCAAAGAAUAAUGAUCCUCAAUUUUUAGCGGGAAAGGGAUCGAUGCUUGAAAUUCUGGACAAACAGAUACUGGCUACCUCUCUCGGUGUCGGCAUCACAACCAUUGAAGAGCUUUUGGCUUCUCAGGAUGAUUCCAUCAUUUUCGGAUGUACUUCCUGUGCAGAGGAAGAGGAAAAGAUAGUGGAGGAAGAAAUAGAGAAGCAAAAGGAGGAGGAAGAGAAGAGAAGAAGAGAGGAGGAGGAAGCUAAAAAGAGAGAAGAAGAGGAAGAAAGAAAAAGGGAGGAAGAGAAGAAGAGAAAGGAAGAGGAAGCUAGGAGAGAAGAAGAAAGGAGAAGAGAAGAAAAGGAGGCGGAGAAAGCCAGAAAAAGAGAGGAAGAGGAAGCUAGGAGAGAACAAGAAGAAAGGGAAAGGAGGCGAGAAGAAGAGGAAGCUAGGAGAGAGAAAGAGGCACAGAGGAAGGAAGAAGAAGUUAGAAGAGAGAGAGAAAGGAGAAGAGAAGAAGAGGUAGAGAGGGAGAAAGAAGAAGCUAGAAGACAACAGGAAAAGAGGGAAAAGAAGCGUGAGGAGGAAGCUAGGAGAGAGAGAGAAAGGGAAGAGGAAGAGGAAGAGGAGAGGGAGGAAGAAGGUAGAAAACAAGAAGAAAAAGAAAAGGAAAGAGAAGAAGCUAAGAGGGAGGAAGAAGCAGCUAGAAGACAACAAGAGGAAAGAGAAAGGAGGCGAGAAAAGGAGAAAGAACGAGCUAGGAGAGAGCAAGAGAGGAGAAGAAGAGAAGAAGAAGUAGCUCAGAGGAAGGAAGAACAAACUAAAAGACAAGAAGAAAAAGAACAACAAGAGAGGAGAAGAGAAGAAGAAGCAGAGGGGGAGGAAGAACAAGCUAAAACACAAGAAGAAGAAAAACAAGCUAAAAGAGAACAGGAAAAGAGAGAAAGGAGGCGAGAAGAGGAAGGUCGAAAACAAGAACAAGAAACGCAGGAGGAGCAAGAACAAGCUGAAAGACAACAGGAGAAGAGAGAAAGGAGGCGAGAAGAAGAGGAAGCAGAGAGUCAGCAAGAACGACCUAAAAGACAGAAAGAAAAGAGAAGAAGAAGAGAAAAAGAAGAAACACAGACGGAGGAAGAAGAAGCUGCUAAAAGAGAACAGGAAAAGAGGGAAAGGAGGCGAGAAGAGGAGGAAGAAAGGAGAAUAGAAGAGGAAGAAGAGAGGAAAGAAGAACAACCUAGAAGACAGCAAGAGAGCAGAAGAGGAGAGGAAGAAGCAGCAGCACAGAGGGAGCAAGAACAAGCUGAAAGACAACAAAAAAAGAGAGAAAGGAGGAGAGAAGAGGAGGAAGAACGGGAAACAGAAGAAGAACAAGUUGUGAGGGAGAGAGAAGGAGGAAGGAGAUCACAAGAAAAAGGGGAACAAGAGCGAGAGACUGAUAGUAAAUCCAUGCACAGAGAAGUAAAAGGGCAAAGCAACGGGAUCAGCUUUGAAGGAAGGAGAGUUUUGAAGAUUCGGAAUCUUUGAUUUUGUCUUAA